AUGCCGCCGAAGGCUCGUCCUCCCCUGCCGCCUGGUGACGUGGAGCGCGGCGAGAAGCUGUUCAAGGGCCGCGCUGCCCAGUGCCACACUGCCACCAAGGGUGGCUCCAACGGUGUGGGCCCGAACCUGUUCGGCAUCGUCCACCGCCCCUCCGGCAAGGUCGAGGGCUUCACGUACAGCAAGGCGAACGCCGAUUCCGGCGUAAUCUGGACGCCGGAAGUGCUGGACGUGUACCUGGAGAACCCGAAGAAGUUCAUGCCUGGCACGAAGAUGUCGUUUGCCGGCAUCAAGAAGCCGCAGGAGCGCGCCGACGUGAUUGCGUACCUCGAGACCCUCAAGUAA